AUGCGUUACGCCUUUGUUUUGUUCCUACUACUGACCUCCGUCGUAGCGCUAUCGCGAAAGAAGAGGUACCUCGUCUUUCCUGAAGGCAGCACUAUAGCCGUCGAGGUCAACCAGAACACGCGACUGGUACCUGACGUUCUCAGCGACUGGGUGUGCAUUCAGUCCGUAGACACGUCCCUUCAGCUGCCCAGCGAGGCAGACCUUUUCCUCCACAAGAAGAAGCUAAAGAAGAAACAAAAGAAGAAGAGCAGGAGGAAAGACAAGUGGCGGCGUCACCGCAGGGAUCGCAGGCAGCUGUACUCUCGCCUCGACGAUCUCCUCUACAGCCUGGGACUGGACGGUACGGCGUGCGUCCGGCGUGCCCUGUGCGAGGCCGCAGAGCGGGAGGCGCCCACACCCGGCUCCCACCUGCUCAGGGAGGCGCUGCAUCUCAUCUUCUCACCGCCGGCGGGAGCUGGAGAAGAGCUUGGCCGGUACCGGCCUGGAGAAGACUGCCAUCUGCUGGCCCAGGCGUGUCCCAUCUCUCUGCUGGAACCACUACUCAUGCUGCCCAGCUCGCACGCAGUCUCUACCCUCUCUCUUAGCUGA